CGUCAUACUAGAUACAACUAGUCUAAUUAGAUGCAGCAAGAGCACAAUGGAAGUGUCCGAGCAGACAAUGAACGCGUCGUCAUUAUCCACCGGAGCAGGCUGAGCAUAAAGUCGUCCAUCAUUUUAUUAGACUCAAGACGAAUAAACCGCAACAAUGAAUAUCUCUCAUGAAGUCGAGUUGCUGGUGGAGGAGAUCAAGCGUCUUGGCAGUCCAAAUGCCGAUGGUCAGAUGACCGUGAAAUUUGGCAUCUUAUUCAAUGACGACCGUUGUGCCAACAUCUUCGAGGCGCUGGUGGGCACCCUGAGGGCAGCCAAGAAAAAGAAGAUCAUCAAAUUUGAGGGCGAGUUGCUCUUGCAGGGCGUCCAUGAUAAUGUUGAUAUCGUCCUGCUCCAGGACUGAGGCCAGAGUUUGUACCAGAUGGCCAUCUAGCGACUAACACUGAGCUUCUGCAGUGUACCGGCUUGUCACUGAGCUUCUGUUUUCAGUUCUCUUCCCUCAUGUGCAAGGCUCAGUGUCUGAAUUGACAACAUAACGACCAAACAGACUAGAUCAAACAGUACGCUCACAGACCCAGCUGGCAUGUCUGCAUACGACUUCAUUUGAUUCCACUGUGCCAAAUGAAACAGUGUCACAAAUAUUUUAGUUUUUCAGGGGCUGAGUUAACGGCCAUAUUUCAUAGUUUCAGAUGACGACAAGGAGAAAUGGUGUUUCUCUCUUUCUCAGGCGCUGCUCUUUUAUCAACCACAGGUCUGAAAUGUCAUUUUGAUACACUUUUAAGACUAUAAACGCACAAGUCAGGAAUGUAACAAUUUGUGUAACACGUUAAUUUGGGUUUUUUUUGUUAAUUUUUGGGAGAAAUUACAGUAUGGGGUAACUAUCACAACCAAAUGCCUCUCUAGAUGGUAUCAGUGUACAGAUAAAGGACACACAGAAAAGACACUGGUCAGAUUUUUGACAGACUUCUUCAGAUUUUGAAUUGGAGCACUCAGACAGUGGGUAGUGUGUGUCCACCAUGUGUCACCAAAUGGCGGUUAUUGUUUACACGAGCCAUUUCUACUACCUCUUGUGGACUUUUUGAGAAGACAUUAUAAGACUAGUGCUUUUGGAAAUACAAUUCCUUGAUAGAAACUACACAGACAGACGCAUUUCAAGAAAGACUUUUGCACCUUUUUGUACUCGUUGCAAUCUGCUAGGUUAGUUUUUAUUCCAUCUUUUUACACGUGGUCGAUGAUGAAUUUUCUCGUCUUCUAAACCAACUCCAAAACAUGCCUUUUGUAAAGAAACAGUUGAUGAGCAAAUGGCGAAUGUAUUUCUCGUGCACUUUUUGUUAGUGUGUAAAUCAUGACAGGGUGAUUGGUGCCAAAUGCAAAAGAUGAAUUUGUGAUGUUUCUCAGGACCAAAUCGACACAACCAAAAUGUUUAAAUAAUUGUCCUGUAGCUUAAAUUAGGUGUCGUACUUGUGACACAAGAUGUGCAUUUAUAGUUUUAUUAGUUUUUUUUUAUUUUUCAUUUUGCCACUCUUUGUUCUGUACUGUAGGUCAAAUGAUACUUGCAGAUAAGGCGUAGUGUUUUCCCAUGGUCAAAACUCAUCACUGGCGGGCAUUUUAUUGUGUCUUGUUUUCAGCAAAGGUCCUUCUUUGGUAUUUAAUUCAACAAAAAUGUCAUUGAAGAACACUCCGAGCUUUGUACGGAAGCUCAAAGUGGUCAAAAUUGAAUAAAUUAAUAUGAACACCAUAAAGAAACAUAAAGUUAUAAAAUAGUCCAAUAUGUACAUUUAAUAGUGAUCAAUAAAUUCUGUUUUUUUUUUCAUGUUAACAUUUAAGGUAUUUUUUUGAAAAAAAAAAAAAUUCCUUUUUUUUGCAUUUUUAACAUGAAAAUCGUUAACAAAAAUAAGAUGAUGAUCAAAAAAAAUAUUUACAGACAUUAAUACAGCACUUUAGGUAAUUUUAAUUUAAAUCCAGCUGUUUUUUCCUAAGUGUCCUUUUCAUAAAUUAAAAAAAAAUAAAAAUCAAAAAUGAAGUUUUUCCAAGUGAUAAUAUUAUUUCAAAAUGCCACACUGUUUAUCACAAAUAAUUUGACAUGACGGAUACAGCUACGUGAUUGGCUGUGGACUCAUUCAGACCAAAGCAACAGCCAAUGACAUAAUUUUUAGUGCCUGGUUUGACUUCAUUUACAAAAAAAUUGUGAUGAAAUAUGGUUUGGGGGAAAUUUUGCAUUAUUUAACAAAAGAGUUCAGGCAAAAAAAGAACAUUUUGAGAAAAAAAAAAAAAGUAGAAUAACCUGUAUUAAACACUCUUAUUUUGAAAAGACGCCAAAUCAAUUGACAUUUGAUAAAUUGAGUUUUAAAAAUAUUUUAGGCUAUUUAACAAUUAAAUGGUUCUAAUUUCAGAUUUGUUCAUAUCAUUUAUUUCAUAAUAUUUUUAUUAGUUUAAUUUUGACUACUUUAAGCUGCCAUAGAUAUUAAGAUGAGUAGAACGAUUUAUCUUGGAUAAACAUCAGAAGGACCAACAAUCUCCAAGUUUGCCUGAAUGUAACAUCACCUACACCUGCAUAAUAUCAAGCUUUACAUAUCACAACCACAGAGAAGCGAUCAGCUGUGUAAAACUGCGCCUCAUCUGCAAGUUUCACAAGACCCAUCUCACAUUCACUGCUGUGUACCAACCUAGCUCCAUCUUUUAUGCUCAGGUGUUUUGGCUGUUUUGUUUCAGUUUGACUUGAAUUAUAUCUUUCUGUUUCUCAACCAUUUGGGAGAUUGUGCUCUGAAAGGCGUGAGCGGCUCAGAUCAAUUAAGAACAUGUCAAAAUCAGGAAAACCGUACGAGCUUAAAGCUGAAAUGUAGCCUAGAAAUAAGAUGUAAUCAUCAGGAUAAGAAACACCGGGCUAAGUAGGAAAGUUAUGAAAAUAAUGGGGGAGAAAACGAGCAUGAGGACGAAACAUGCGGCUUUCAUCACUGUCAUUUUGGAUUAUCCUGCUGUGUGUUGCACUGGAGUGAGCUGAACAUAAAUGCACAUUACAGCACAAGUUCACACUUAGCGAGAGGGGAAAGUUACAGUGGGAGCGGUGCCAGUACCUCGAGCCAUUUCUGUGAACUGGUGGGAUGCCUGCAUGAUGUGUUCAUGUGCGUCAUGACUGUCUUUUUGUAUUGGCAAUAACACAUUCCUAAACCAACAAAGGUUUCUGUUACUGUGGAAUACACUUUGAGGAAUUAAAUCUUUACACUUGAAGCCUUCAA